CUGUAGAUGGAGUCGAAUUUUGUGGAACCUCAACAAAACGGCCUGAGCAAUCCGAUAACGGCAUCACGGCCAUCAAUAUUGCAAUUUACAAUGGACGGACCAGACUUUCAAAGCACGCUUAUGACUGAUGUGCUAGCCGCUGAGGCGUUUGCCAGCUACCCUGAGUCGUUGGUGGACUCAGACUAUGAUUACGAUUCGGACUACUCGGACGACGAUAUUGUGGAUGCCCAGAAGCUAUGGGAGGACAAUUUGAAGCAGUUGAACGAGGUUUGCUUCUUGAUUCUCAUUCCGGUGGUAGGGAAACUUCUCGGGCGCAGGUUUGCGUUGAACAUCUGGCGAAUUGUGGCAGACCACAUUUGGAAAUAAGUCUAUUGACUGAGUGGUUAAGAAUUGCAGAUAAGCAAUCGCACUGGACUUUGGUUGCAGGAAUACUGAAGUCUGAACUCUUGUGAAUACUAAAGUCUGAAUUCUGGUGAAUACUAAAGUCUGAACUCUGGUGAAUACUAAAGUCUGAACUCUGGUUAAAUACUGAGGCAAGUAAAUAGCCCACUUCUCAUGGCAUUUUAUUCGGGAAUUGGGACUAUCACAUUGUAUGUUUCUUGGUGCCUCAAUGUAACAUUGAAGGAGAAACUGGGGUGGAUGGUUCAGGAAAUCUGAUCAAUUACCUCACUACGGUUUUAAUCUCUUGGUAGUUAGCAAGCUGAUCUCAGUACUAAAAGAAAGCCGAAAGAUCAU